CAUAUGUAUUUAGACUAUAGUGACACCGAUACAAAACGAAACAAGGAAUAGUUGUGGCUGUCGUUUUUCAUUAUCCAACACCUUUUCAUCUUUCGUCUUUGCUUUUAGUUUUGCUCGUUGAAAUUCUUGAUGACGACCCUCUUCAGAUCCAAAUCCUGCGGUGGAGUCCCCCGACCCAAAGCUUCCUUUUUCCACUACUCUUCUUCAUCCAAUUAUCAACAAGGUGAUGAUGAUGAUGACGACGACGACAUUUCUUAUUACUGUCAAGACUAUUCCUACUUUAAUAACAGUCCAAUUAGAACACCAUUCAUCAGUCCACGACAACAGGGUCCCGCUGAUCAAUCAUCCAAUCACAACUUCACCAUCGCAUCGCUCUUGUUGGCUGCCCUACGCAAGUCUCUUCUCACCUGCGCCGUCCACGACCCUGAAGAUGUGUCUUCCUCGUUGGAUAUCGGCUGUCCAACCGACGUACAGCACGUCUCACAUGUCACUUUUGAUCGUUUUAAUGGCUUCCUCGGGUUGCCUCUUGCUUUUCAACCCGAAGUUCCGGCCAAAGUUCCAAGUGCAAGUGUGUGCGUGUUUGGAGUAUCAGUGGAGUCUAUGCAAUGUUCCUAUGAUGGGAGAGGGAACAGCGUGCCAACAAUACUUCUAAUGAUGCAAAAUCGUUUAUAUUCAGCAGGUGGCCUUCAAGCAGAAGGAAUAUUUCGGAUAAAUGGGGAAAAUGGUCAAGAAGAGGAUGUUAGGAAGCAGCUUAAUAGAGGGUUUGUGCCUCAUGGAGUGGAUGUCCAUUGUUUGGCUGGUUUGAUCAAGGCCUGGUUUAGAGAGCUUCCUACGGGUGUUCUUGAUACUUUGACCCCACAGCAGGUAAUGCAUUGCAAUACAGAAGAGGAGUGUACGAAGCUUGCUGAAUCCCUCCCUCCAACUGAGGCUGCACUUCUUGACUGGGCUAUCAAUUUAAUGGCAGAUGUUGUGAUGUUUGACAAAGAAAACAAGAUGAAUGCCCGAAACAUUGCUAUGGUGUUUGCCCCAAACAUGACUCAGAUGGCGGAUCCUUUGACUGCAUUGAUUCAUGCUGUUCAAAUCAUGAACUUGCUCAAAACACUAAUCAUGAAAACUCUUCAUGAAAGAGAGGAAUCAUCCACUGGUUUUGAGCCAGUAGAUUCAUGUGCAGAUUGUCCACCUCCCAACAAUAACGUCGAGUCUUCAUACUCUCUCAGAACAGCCACUUUGAAUAGACUAGGAAGUGAAAGCGAAGAACAAUAUUGGAGCUUUCCAAGAAAGAGUGGGUCUGUUGUUGAAUAUGAUUCCAUGUUGGAGAAGAGCUUAUCUAUUACAUGUACAAAUGGUCCUUUAAAGAGUAAUCACAAAUCAAAACAUGAACAACAACAGGAGAGAGAGGUAGAGAUAGAAGGGAUAUUAGAAAGGCUAAGUUUGAAAAAAGGAGUGAGGAAGUUAUGUAGAUACACUGUGUUUCAGUUGAGUAAGUCUUCUAAUUAAGAAACUGGAACCAUGAUCGUUGAUGAUGCUAGGGACACUGGUGAAGCUUGGGGUUAAUAUCUAUGAUAUUGACAUUCAUUGCCUCUGUAUAAGAGGUUGUACCUCUAUUGGUUUGGCUAAUAAUGCAAUGAUGAAAGUCAAAAUAUGAUGUAAAGAUGAUUUCUUUUGUAUAUGACAUGAUGACUAGGUUUUGGAAAUGAAGCUC